GGCUCCUUGAUCACAGCAGCUCCAUGACGGCGUGCCUCGGCAUUCCAGUCUGUGCUGCGUUACUGACGGACCGUCGUAAAGAAUGCGUGGUGAUCGUUGUCACGAAUGGACAGGGUAAUGGACUUCAAUAGCCGAUCGCAGAGUUCUCAUUUCGCGUUAGUCAGCAAAGCAAUGACGCGCUCGAUUCCCUCGGCUGAACCAAAUCUUCCCUAACAGCAACCCAUCGCCCAAUUAGGUCCCCUCGAACCUCGAACACCACGAUGGCUUCCUCCAGGCUUGCUAUGCGUUUAUCACGCGCGAUCGUCGCUGCUCCGCGCACGACAUGCCGCUCCUUCAGCACCUCUGCAGCGCGCAACAACCAGUUCGAAGCUCUCAACAAGCGCACAAAUGAUACGUCUGAGCAGUACCGCAAGUUCCAAAUGGAGAAGAACCUCAACCCCCACAUGACCAACACCACCUCGACCAUCGCAAACGAGAUGCCCUCAGUCGGCAAGGACGCACCGCCUCCUGAGCUCAUCAAGAAUGUCGAUGAGAACUUCCUCCCCAAGGACUCUAAGCCCGAGAACACACACCGCAUGACCGGUGGCACGCAGAGCAGCGAGGACUCGCAAGUCAGUGAAAGCAACGCUGAGCUUGGUGUUGGAGAGCUGGAGGGCGCCAAGUUCAAGGUUGAGCCAAUUAGGCGGACGGGAGAGGAUGCGAAUACCAUGCGUAGCCGUAAACGAGGAACUUUAGAGAGCGAUCUACUCCUCAGCACCUUCGCCGAUGCCAAGCUCGGCACUAUGCCUCCGCAACUGCUCCAGCAGUACGACCUUUUCCUCGACGAGAACGACUGGGACAUUUACUACUGGGCCACACAGGAACCUACGCCGACCUCCCACGAGACCGCUGAGGGCGGUCACGACAACUUUGCCACACAGAACGUGCAGGGAAAGGACAUGGAGCCCAAGGACGAGCAGAAGCGCGAGCCUGCUACUGGCGAGUGGGCCCAAACAGUUGGCACAUUCAAGCCUGCGUACAGGCCUGUACCUCAGAGGUGGAAGGGUAGUGAAAUUUUGUCGCUGUUGAGGCGCCAUGUCAAGGAGAGGAGUGCUGGUGGUGUUACAGACACAAAGGGCGGGGCAAAGGAGUCAGAGGGUAAGGGGCUUGGUAUGAUGCCUCCCAUCCGCAACUUCGAUCAGGCGGCUUAGGUGCAUCUGGAGCGCCCUCUGUAAGUCUAUGUAUCAUGUCUGUACGCAACGUCAAAGCAUGAAUCUUCCAUCAUCCGCGUGAGCCAUUCAUUGAGAGUGCGCCAAGUUCAUUCCAAUUAUAGUUGAGUCAAGCCUUUUUGAC